UAACUUCUGGUAACUCAAGCUGCUACCGGGCAGAAUCGUUCAUGCAGCGUAAAAAGGCCUUGCAAAGUAGUGCUGUGCAACAGUAACAACGUCUUUGCUUGUGUUAACAAGACCAGGGAAGAGGUGAAGAUGGAUAUCUUACUUCUAGUCAUUGUGGCUGCUCUUAUCUAUUUCUUAUUCUUCUGGAGGAAACACCCUGCACUCCCGGAGGGCCGUGAGCUGCGUCACGUACUGAAGAACACGGCCAAAGGCAUUCCAAUCCUCGAUCUGCACGGCAUGAGGGCUCAGCAAGCGUCGCAGUGGACAAAAUACUUCUUCCGCAAAUACGGAGCCGGGAGAAUCAUCACCGGAAGAGGCCUGCACAGUCCCGGUGGCGAGCCGGUACUCAAGAAAGUCGUCACGGACUACUGCGUGAGAAAGGGAUACGAUUUCAAAUUUGCUGCUGGUAACGCAGGGCUCCUGGAGGUUCGGUCCUGAGGUUGAUUAUGGGAAGGUCAAUGUUAUAUGUUUCUUAUUUAGUUCACUGUGAAAAGGGAUGGUGAAGGGGAAAUGACAAUUAAUAACAUGACAAUGCAAAAAAUGUAACUGACGCGUUUUAAUUAAUAUUUCAGUAAAAUCACAUGUAAUCCUGAAAACGAUUUGGUCCCAUCUCUUACGUUGUGAAGUUAUUCAUUCACGUUUCAACUUUUGUCUCUAUGUAUUGUUAUUUCAACCAGAUACGUAUAAGUAGCAGGGAUUUGGUUAGUCAUUUCUCAAUCUUCUUGAAUUCGUUCAAUAAAGAAUUUUAAAAGUU